AACCCGGAAGCCCGGUCGCCUCAACUUGUUUACACGCGUGUCUUCGUGUCCAGACCGAUACCUGGUGAUAUAUACAGUUGAGGGAAGAACGUUUAUACCUCAGGACUAUUGCGUGUGUAUUUAGUGUGACUUUAUCAGCGUGAGCUGUCAAACAUGGCGAGGCGAUGGAAGCUACCGAACCGACGCGGCGAUCAGAUCGCCCUUGCUGUGUUCACCUUCGGCGGGGUAUUUGCCUUGUGGUACGAAGUAUUCCAUGUGCUGCCGACAUUCUACCCGGAGUGGACGACUGAAUCGUACGUGCAUUGUGUACUCGCUGCUGUGCUUGCCUCAAAUAUAUACGGAAAUAUGUUUAUGCUCGCUACCACGGACGUCAGCGGGACCGACCUCGUCAUGCCAACCGGCCCCGCCCCUAAAGGGUGGCGUUAUUGUGAUACCUGCGUCAGUAACUACCCCCCGAGAUCCCAUCACUGCAAGUUAUGCAACAUCUGUGUCUUAAAACGCGACCAUCACUGCUUUUUCUCCGGAUAUUGUAUCGGUUACCAUAACUACCGAUACUACGUUGUCAUGGUAACGUAUAUGAUGCUAGCGGGUAUCUAUGGUAAUAUUUUCAACUUAUCCUUUGUGCUGGAAGCGAAAGGAGGCAUUUCAUUUUGGCGACUGGUCUCAUUUUGUGCGCCCCAUGUUGGGUUUAUGUUUGGCUUUGAGAGCCUGUACGUGUCUUUCAUCACCUCAGUAACGUCGGUCGGCUUUCUGGUGACGUAUUGUUUCGCAUGGCUCUUCCUCAACCAGGUGAUACAGAUAUACAAAGGACAAACGAUGCAUGAGCGGAAGAAACAGAUUUCUACAUAUAAUCUCGGAUUGAAACAUAAUAUCGUCGAAGCCUUGGGCAAGAACUGGUGUUUGGUGUGGUUUGCGCCUUGGAUACCGUCCAAGUUGCCGGGUGAUGGCCUAUCAUUUAGAUCACAGAACACUAAAGAACUUUAGUUUCUGACAUCAUCCGUUUAGCUUCGUAGUAGAGUCAGGGACAGACCACUUUGUUUUAUUUUAUUCACUACACCUAUGUGUACAUUUGUGUUUUCAUUACAUCCAGCAGGUCCAGCAAGGCUUUUGUUGGGAUAAAACGUGAGGCAAAAUUAUUUUCCUAUCUCGUGACCCCCAGAUUUCAAAUGGUCUGUUCCUAGCGUCUUGAGUAAUAAAGAGCUACUAUAAUAAUUGUAUAUGAGUCCCUAGAUAGUGUUUAUGUAUAUUUUCAAAUGUGUCUACUUUCCUGGUUGUGUUCAUGUAUUGACACAAACUUUUUGUAUUUUUAGUUUAUCAGAAAUAGUGAUUACCGCAUAUAGUAUAUAGUCUAAUUAUGCAGACAGCUAUAUGAUCAUUGUCAUAUUCUAUCAUCGCGUUCCAAUGUGUCUUAUAAACUCACAUAUGUAGAGACAGAUUUGUUUCGCGAUCUGAUCCUAUUAAUAUACAUCCGGCAGCCAUUAAUAGGAUCAGAUCGCGAAACAAAUCUGUUGGAUUUUCCAUUUAGUAAAAAGGCUUCUACAGUCUCAACGCUUCAGUUUAUUGAGACUGGGAUACAGGAUAAUAAAGAAUCUGAUUUUUCAGAUGUGAUAGUUAUCCCAUAAAAAGUGUGCAGGCAUUGUCAGUACAUGCAUGUAUUUUUGUAUAUUGUAUCAGCUCAAUUCAUCACGAGAUGCCUUUCUUUGAGGUGAGGUGAAAUGGGGUUUAACGUGGCGUUCAAGAUUAUAUUGCACUUAUAUAUGUGCCGGUUUGUGAGGUGGG